GCAGAGUUGGCAACGUCGUCUUCAAUUUGAUUUCUCUUUCCCCUCACCAUUCUCCUCGUUUCUCCCUCCGACAUUCAUUUCUUCUGGUAUUCUCCCAUGGGAGUUCUGGUUUGAGCUUUCAUCUUCUCCUUCAACGAUUAAUUUCAAUAGAAAGAGAGUGAGGGAGUGAGAAUGCCUCUGGUACGAGUUGAGGUUCGGAAUGAAUACGGUUUAGGAAGUUCAGAGCUGUAUGGAGAAGCAGUUGAAGAAGAAGAACCUAAAGCUGUUCUUCAAGGAGUUUCAGUUGCUGGACUUGUUGGGAUCUUGAGACAGUUGGGAGACCUAGCUCAGUUUUCAUCAGAGGUAUUUCAUGAUUUACAAGAGCAAGUGAUAGCCACAGCUGCUAGAAGCCAGAGGAUUAUAAACCGGGUUCAGCGCAUUGAAGCUGCACUUCCUCCAGUUGAAAAGGCUGUUCUGGCACAAACGAACCACAUACAUUUUGCUUAUUCUGCUGGUACUGAUUGGCAUACCAAUAUUCAAGCUACACAUAGUCACUUAAUCAACAGUGAUUUGCCGCAUUUCAUUCUGGAAUCCUAUGAAGAAUGUCGUAAUCCACCCCGCCUACAGUUGCUUGACAAAUUUGACAUUGCUGGUCCUGGAGCUUGUCUGAAACGAUAUUCAGACCCAUCCUUUUUUAAGAACGCGUUGUCUCCAUCUGAACCCGAAUACACCGAGAAAGCUAGAAGAGCCAAGAAAGCUAACAGAAGAAGGAGGAAAGGGUCACGGCAUAUGAACGGAGAAAUCUCCCAGGCUUUAUUACUCUCUAAGAGAAGUGACAGAAAGCAAUUCGCUUCUCCUAGUUAUGGGCGAAGUUCUACUGCAGACACUAUUUCGACAUUUGAUAUGUCAAAAUCUGACCUCGGAGGCAGUACCUCAUCUUCUGAUUCCAGAUCAAGAUCAGGCUACAGAGACUCCAUGUCUGAUGUUAAUGUUUCUGUCAGACGUGAAGAACGAGAGGACACUAGCUUGUUGACAUCUAGAUUAAAGAUCCAUAGUGGUGUUAUUCCUGAUUCUAAACUUCCUAACAAACAAACUGGUGUUCUGGAGAAUGAUCUACCGAGCCAUUCAUCACAGGACAAAACUGUCCCAUCUUCAUGCUCCAUUACUUGGGAUGAAAAAAUAGAAAUUGUGAAGCCUAUAUGUCAGCAGUUUGAGAACAAUCUUGAAGAAUUGGGAGCAGUUUCGGAAUUUCAACGAGCAAACCCUGAUCGAGAUAAACCAGAGAGCAUAAGUGAUGAAAGUGCUUAUGCGGAGGAUAUUUUGACCAGUCCUAUAAAUAUUUAUCCAGAUGAUAGUUCAUAUUGUGAUUCCACUGUGCCUGAAUCACUUCUUCAUGUAAACCAGUCUGAUGCUGUCGGAACUGGGCUGGAAAACUGCGCUACUGCAUGUACUAUGGUGUCAGAAUUUGAACCCGAGUCCGAGUACCAAGCAGAGAAGGAAGAAAACCCUACAUCAUCCAACUUAGAACAUGUAGAACGUGAAUGCAGAACACGCACAACCAUUGAAAUGAAUGCGCAAAGUUCAAACUCAUCUGAUCGAUUUUUUGUGUUUGACUUGUCAUCAAAGAAGCAGACGUCCCCAAGUUGUUCUGAAGCAGUCUCCUCGGAUUUGAUCCAUGCAGAGUCACAUCCUACUGUCUCCAUCUAUCCAGAACUAGACAGCUCAGUAGAGGCCGUGUCAUGUUUGAGUACCAAUUUACCUGAUCAUUCCAGGGUAAAUAAUUUUGAAUCCACCUCGCUAGGCUUUAAUGUUCCCAGCUCAAAGGCUUCGUCAGAUGAUAAGAUUAUUAACAGUGUUUGUGAUUCUCAAGUAUCUCUCUCAACAAAGGAUUUGGUCCAUGAAGAGUCACUUCCUGCAAUCUCCAUGUGUCCUAAACCAGACAUCUCUGUGGAGGUUGAUUUAUGUUCAAGCUCAGUUAAACCUGACGUCUCAAGAGUAAAUAAUUUUGGAUCAGCUAGAAGUUAUUCGUCAUCGCCAGGCUUUAGUGUUCCCAGUUCAAAGGCUUCUGCAAAUGAUAAGAUUAUUAACAGUGUUUGUGAAUCUCAAGUCUCUGCCUCCACAAAGGAUUUGGUCCAUGAGAAGUCGCUUCCUGCAAUCUCCAUGUGUCCUGAACCAGACAUCUCUCCAGAGGUUGAGUCGUAUUCCAGCACCGAUAAACCUGACGUCUCAAGAGUAAAUAAUUUUGGAUCAGCUAGAAGUGAUUCGUCAUCGCCAGGCUUUAAUGUUCCCAGUUCAAAGGCUUCUUCAAAUGACAAGAUUAUAAACAGUGUUUGUAAACCUCAAGUCUCUGCCUCAACGAAGGAUUUGGUCCAUGAAGAGUCACUUCCUGCAACCUCCAUAUGUCCUGAACCAAACAUCUCUCCAGAGGUUGAGUCAUGUUCCAUCACUGAUAAACCUGAUGUCUCAGGAGUAAAUAAUUUUGGAUCAGCUAGAAGCGAUUCGUCAUCGCCAGGCAUUAAUGUUCCCAGUUCAAAGGCUUCUUCAAAUGACAAGAUUAUUUACAGUGUUUGUCAAUCUCAAGUCUCUACCUCAACGAAGGAUUUAGUCCAUGAAGAGUCCCUUCCUACAAUCUCCAUGUGUCCUAAACCAGACAUCUCUCUAGAGAUAGAGUCAUGUUCAAGCACUGAUAAACCGGAUGUUUCAGGAGUAAAUAAUUUUGAAUCAGCUAGAAGUGACUGGCCAUCCUCAGGCUUUAAUGUUCCUAGUUCAAAGGCGUUGUCGGAUGAUAAGAUUAUUAACAGUGUUUGUGAAUCUCAAGUGUCUACCUCAACAAAGGAUUUGGUCCAUGAAGAGUCACUUCCUGCAAUGUCCAUGUGUCCUCAACCAGACAUCUCUCUAGAGAUGGAGUCAUGUUCAAGCACUGAUAAACCGGAUGUUUCAGGAGUACAUAAUUUUGAGUCUGCUAGAAGUUAUUGUCCAUCCCCAGGCUUUAAUCUUCCUAGUUCAAAGGAUUUGUCAGAUUAUAAGAUAAUUAACAGUGUUUGUGAAUCUCAAGUGUCUGCCUCAACAAAGGAUUUGGUCCAUGAAGAGUCACUUCCUGCAAUCUCCAUGUGUCCUGAACCAGACAUCUCUCCAGAGGUUGAGUCAUGUUCCAGCACCGAUAAACCUGAUGUUUCAAGAGUAAAUAAUUUUGGAUCAGCUAGAAGUGAUUCGUCAUCUCCAGGCUUUAAUGUUGCCAGUUCAAAGGCUUCGUUAGAUGAUAUGAUUCUUAACAGUGUUUGUGAAUCUCAAGUCUCUGCCUCAACGAAGGAUUUGGUCCAUGAAGAGUCACUUCCUGCAGUUUCCAUGUGUCCUAUAGCAGACGUCUCUCUAGAGGUCGAGUCAUGUUCAAGCACUGACAUACCUGAUGUUUCAAUAGUAAAUGAUUUUGGAGCGCCUAGAACUGAAUCAUCAUCGUCAGGUUUUGAUGUUCCAAGCUCACAGGCUUUGCAAGAUCACAAGAUUAGUAACAAUGCUUGUGAAUAUCAAGUGUCUCUUCCAACAGUUUCUGGUGGAAAGCCCACUUUAUUUUGGACAAAUGGUGAUCUAUUAGGACUAGAACCAGCAAAACCCAUCAACAAGAGUCCGAACGCUACAGAGAAACUCAAUGAUGUCAGCCCUGAUGAUCUUACCCUUGUCAAUGUACCAUCUGCUGGUGCCCAUAGAGGCAAUAAUGAGCAGUCAUCAAGUGCCCUUCUUGGUCUGAGCGACAGAAUUUCUGUAAAUAUAUUCCGAAGAAGUUACACAUCUGCACCAUUCAGCUCUUUGGCAAGUGGCCUUAUGAAGUUACAGGAAACACAAUUCAGUGAGCAGAAGAAAUUAAACAGAAAAGCACUUCAAGCUUCUCCGUUACCAAGCCCCAAUAGGCAGUUCGAACAUGGAUCUCCGUUACCAAGCCCCAAUAGGCAGUUUGAACAUGGAUCUCCUGUGAACUCGGUAUCUUCUUCUUCACCGCCUCUAGAGCAUAUGACACUCUCAUUUCAACCUAUAGAUGGCUUUGAGACCUCCAGACUGAAACUAAGAUUUCCUGACGGGAGUAACUUCCGUGACAAUAGACAUGUCAUGCUACCGUCAUUCCAGUUGGUUCCGGGACCUUCUAACUCACAGCGAGAUAUUGAUUACGAAUCGGAUGAUGACACAUUCAGUAGAUUAUCUGAUUAUUUAUCUGAUGAUGUUAAGAGCCAACACUCGUAUUCAAAUUCUGAGCAGUGGGAAACUGAUGAGACCCCUAGAGGGGAAGAUCGUGACAUGUAUGAUGGUUUACGUAGAGUCUUAUCAGAAGAAUCCGUUAGCUCUUCAGGAGAAGGGGGUUCUGUUGCUGAUUCUUUAUCUGGUCUUCCAAAUUUUGAUUCUGUGAUUCCUAUACCAAGUCAGGAAGAAAGAAAAUGUGAUGGAAGAGAUGUUGAAUCUGCUAUUGUUCGAAACCAUAUGCAGUCUUUGCAACCCCCAUUCCCAGGUAACGAGGAGGCAACUGCAAGUCCACCAAAGAGCGAGAAUCUACAAAAGUUGAAUGGGAUAGAAGAGACGAAGAAGACAAUAACUAGUAAAGAUGACAAUGGAGAGGAAGAUCUGUUACAACAAAUUAGAACCAGGAAGUGUCCGAAAUUGAUAGAUGUGGUUUUGUACCUUCUUUUUUUCCUGAUUGAACUUCCAGUCCAUAAACCUCAGACGUACAAUACCAACAAAGCCAAUCUUGAUGCUAAAUCCAACAGCCAACAGCAAAGUCACUGCAAUUUUAGAGAAGGCCAGUGCCAUCCGCCAGGUUGUGGGAAGUGACGAAGAAGGUGAGGACAGUGAAAGCUGGAGUGACCAAUGAAGUGCAUUACAUUUACCCAAACCAAGUCAGGUGAAAACAGAACUUGUCUUGUACAGUAUCAUGCAAUUGGUCAAGAUUUGUUAUUUAUGUGAAUAAAUUUUGCUUCGUUCAGUUUUAUCAAUUUUGUAGGUCUUGUAUAUGGUAAGGUCCCAUGUUUCUUUCGAUCUGUUGAAGCUAGUAGUGUUAACCCAUGAUGAAAGUAAUCAUGAGUAUAAUUUGUUAAUGUCUGCUGCUGCUAUCCGAAAUAGAAUCAUAAAGUUGUAGAAGCUCAAUUUCUUAAAUAAUGAUAAUUGCUGUUCAUUGCAAAUUGUCUUCAAGAAAUUUGAAGUUUAAAUUUCACCUGCGCCUGGGAUGGAGUGAUUUUUCUUGUUUCUUUACCAGGCUACCCAGUAUCUGGGCUUUUAGAUAGCAGAUCUUUUCUUUACAGUUACAAA